GAUCACGUGAUGACAACACGCUCACAACAUGGCGGUUGAAACAAGGUGGAAUCGCCAAUUCUUACAUGCGAAUUCCUAAGUGCUUUUGUCUUCAUCUGUUCACAUAAAUUGAAUCUGCUGGUGUUUCAAAAACUUUACACUUUAGCCCAGUAUCUUCUUUCUGCGGGAUUUCUCGUACCUCUGUUUAAUUCUUGAGCCUUGGAAGUCCAGUAUCAUCACCUACAUUUUGUGUAUGGUGUGUAAUUGUUCACAUCAUAAGAUCUGUGUAUUUGAUUGGCAACAUGCUCAACAAAGAGAGUUACAGUAUGUCUUCGCCAGAUCUACAGAGAAAGUGUCAGGAAUUGCUUGAGAAGCUAUGGAUAAAUCAGAAAACAAUUUUGCAGAACCUGAGAAGUGAUGGAUGCCCUGAAAAUCUUAACAAUAAUAACCUGCAGUCUGUUCAAACUGAUCCAAAGCCUGCAUAUGCCCGGAGGAAACUGAAGAGCAUAAUGAAACAGGCUACUGAGAACAGCAUGACCCAAAUGACGACUGUCAAAAUGCCUAUGUCUGAGCAGUGGCAGCUUGACGAGAUACAGGGAGGAGACUCAGGGUGUAAAGAGAGACAAGAGAAAAAAUCCAGGCUGGUACAAGGAGCGCUGGAUGUAUGCAGUGUCAGCACAAAGAAAACGAGGCAAGCUAAUGAGGCUCAAGCUCCUUGCUUUCAGCCUGAUGAAGCUGACAAUUUUCCAGGGAAGAGCACAGAAGACAUGGGAAGCUCCCACAUAAAAAGUCAACAGAGACCUUUUACUAAUAUUGCAUCAACAAUAAGACAAGCCGAGUGUCUUGAGGGCAAUAAUACCAAGGUGGGAAGUAAUUCUGAAAAAAGUACACUGGUGCCUACCCCUGGCACUAUACCAGCAACACCUACAACUAUAUGUCGUCGCCAUAUCAUUGAUAAGAAUAUUCAGGUAGACUCACAAUUGUAUGAUUCAGAAUGGCAGGAUACAGAGAAAAAACCUCGAGGACUUAACUUCAGCUACUCAAAUGAUGUAGAGAAGGAUGAAACCAUGGUCAAGGCUGUCUUGGAAAAGGAACAUACAGAAACACUGCACUCAGAAGACUCUAGUAAAUGGUACAGGAAACAUCUGGGCAGCGAUGGAAAUAAUCGCCAAAUGAACAAUUUUAUCAGAGAGACAACUGUAAAGCCCAAAUCUUUACUGAACUCAACACAACCUUACAGUAGCCUUAAUAAAAGACUUCAAGGAGCCAAUUUUUCGUCAAGUGCCUCUGGUGAUAGUUUAUUCCAUGGCCAAAGUCAUGAAAGACGGUUGUUAGGCUAUGACUGGAUUGCAGCAUUGAUUGAUAAUGACCAGGGACUUGUAGACCAGUCUGAAUCCUACUUUCAGGAGCUUCGAGAGUUUCGUCGAUGUAAUCGUGAUGAAUGUUGCAAUGAUUUUUACAUGGAGGGUCCAUUUACUUUGAAAGAGACAGAGUCACCAGAAGUGGGCAAAGUUUUGAACGAACACAAAGUGCUGCCUUAUUCCGUGAAUGAGCGUCUCUUCACAGUGUCAGCCAGUGAAAACCUAGAGGAACCUUUUUCUGAAGCGAAAUUACACACAGAAGAUGAGCCAACCCAAGAGCAUCCCAGAUUUGUCAGGGUGAGCAUACCACGCUCAACAUUGCAGUCUCCUUAUAAAGUACGUCCACAUCGACGGCGCAGUUUUGAUUCAAGUGACACUUGCUCUUUGCUAGAUCACUGUCUGCUGGGUUGGAGUGCAGUCAGACCAUCAACAUUGCCCACAGCCUCAAGUGUGGCCCUCACUGACUCAGCCCCUGGGGCUAAUAGCCAACACAGCUUGACGUUAGCAGAAGCAGAGCAAGCAGCAGCCUCAUUUCAUUGGCCUCUCUUACCAGACCCACAGCCUCAAGUCGAUCCUCUGCCUACUUGGCGCAAACAUUACAUGGAUACCACCCUGGGCUUUCCAAAUCCGCAUAUCUCCCUUUCCUCAUCUGUGGUUGAUGGAGCCAGCCUGCGGCGCAGGACAGAUGACCUUCUUAGCAGCACCUACUCCAUGAUGUAUGAAAUGCAGCAUGCUCGUGAGCAGAGGGAGCAGAACAGUGUGCAGGCUAUGGGCAUACCUUCCUCCUCCUGAGUGCAGACCAUUGGGAGCAAAGUCCAGAUGCACCUAGUAAUUUUUGGCCUUUGCUGCUUUAGGGAGCAACAACUCAGAUGGCCAUAUAGCUUCUUCAUAAGUUCACUAACUUAGCAUGCAGGGUAAUUUUAGAGGGAAAACCAUGUUCUUCCAGCCUGUGUAUGCCUUUUUGUAUACUGUGCAAAGAGUUGAUGUUUGAAGGUACAUAUGUACUUAGGGAUGAGGAGGAUAACGGUUUGUUUUUUUUAUUCAGCAAGAGUCACAUGGCAUGCAUGUUCAUUUUAUUCAUAUACAAUUUAUAUACACAGUGAGAACUAAAAACCUUGAAGGUUUUUAUAAAUCAGUUUGUAAAUUGAUUUAUUAGAUGACUUGUGAAAGAUCAUAAUUUUAUGCUUUUGGGAAAUGCUGCCUUCAGGUUUUUCUCCACAGUUUUGGUAGGAUUCAUUUUGAUGGUUCUGAUGGGGUUAGUAAAACCGAACUGUAUUAUGAUCUGUUUUUAAAUGUUUUUAAAUGUUUUUAAAGUGUAUUUUGUGCAUUUUAUGCUGACAAUUGCUUGAAACUGAUUUAUCCAAAUAAAAUCUUAUUAGUUUGG